AUGUUCUCACGUUUCUUGUCUGUUACCGCCCUCGCAGCAUUUGCCUCUGCUUCCCCAGUGGUUUACCAGCGUGAUACAAGUCCAUUUGUCUUCACCAACUCCAAUGGACUUAACUUCACUCAGAUGAAUGCAAGCCUACCAAAUAUCACUGUUUUCGCAACUGGUGGUACAAUUGCAGGCUCUAGCAGCAGUAACACAGCAACGACUGGAUAUACAGCAGGUGCCGUGGGAAUUCUAACUCUCCUCGACGCAGUUCCAGAAGUCCUUAACGUCUCCAACGUUGCUGGAGUACAGAUCUCCAACGUCGGUAGUGAAGAUGUGACCUCCAGCAUUCUCCUCGACCUCUCAAAGCAAAUCAACGAGGUAAUUUGCGACGAUGAUACCAUGAGUGGUGCAGUCAUUACCCACGGUACAGAUACAUUAGAAGAGACCGCCUUCUUCAUGGAUGCCACAGUCAACUGUGGAAAACCGGUCGUCAUCGUUGGAUCCAUGCGUCCCUCCACCGCUAUUUCAGCAGAUGGACCUUUCAAUCUUCUCGAAGCUAUUACUGUGGGUGUAAGUCCCAAAGCAGCUGGUCGCGGAGCUUUGGUUGUUCUCAAUGAUCGUAUUGUUUCCGCAUACUAUGUUACCAAGACAAACGCCAAUACUAUGGACACAUUCAAGGCCAUCGAGAUGGGUAACUUGGGUACUCUCAUCUCAAAUACUCCUUAUUUCUUCUACCCACCGGUUGAACCCACUGGAAAGAUUGCAUACGAUAUCUCGAAUGUAACCGAGAUCCCUCGAGUGGAUAUCUUGUUCGCAAAUCAAGAUAUGCAUAACGAUACCCUAUACAAUGCUGUUUCUAGCGGGGCCAAGGGCAUAGUUAUUGCCGGUGCCGGUGCAGGAGGUGUAAGCACAUCCUUCAACUACGCCAUGGAAGAUGUCAUCAACAGAUUGAACAUCCCCAUCGUUCAAAGCACUCGUGCUCCAAAUGGAGAAGUUCCUCUCUCUGAUAUCAGCAGUGAGACAGCCUUGCAUAUCGCAUCUGGAUACUUGAACCCUCAAAAGUCGAAGGUUUUGCUCGGCAUUUUGUUGGCAUUGGAGAAGAACUCUACUGAGAUCAGUGAGGCUUUCGCAGGAAGUGCUGUUGCUUAA